AUGACUGAUCUCCAAAUCCACGAAUCUUAUCAACGAUUGUUAAAAAAUGAGGAUCUUUCUACUCCGUUAGCUGCUAUACUCGCUCUGACUGAAAUGAUGAAACAGUCGAACGCGGGAACGAUGUUCGAAUUGCUCAAUGAGCUCAAGGGUGCCGCAGAAGCCUUGAGCAAGCAUUCAUCUAACCCGAUAGGCCUCAAUGCUGGAUGCGAACUCUUCAUAGAGUUCAUAACAUUAUUUCCUCAUGACGCGGCGAGUUUCUCGGAGUUGAAAACAGAACUAAUUCGGCAAGGACAGCAGUAUGCCGAGGAGGCGUUAGCAUACAGGACAAAGAUUGCGGAACUGGCAUUUGAUUUUAUCAAAGAUGAUUCCAUACUGACCCACUCGUAUUCAAGAGUGGUUCUACAAACUCUGCUCAUGGCUCAUAAAAGGAAACGAAUAUCAGUUUUUGUGACGGAGGCACGACCACGGGGCAUGGGAAUAAAAACCGCGGAGAUGCUGACGACCGCAGGUAUUCCUUGCACAGUCGUACUGGAUUCUGCGGUUGCAUAUGCCAUAGAAAAAGUCGAUUUUGUGCUCAUGGGGUCUGAGGCGGUCGUCGAGAGCGGCGGACUCGUGAAUGCGGUUGGGAGUAACCAGAUUGCGAUUAUAGCAAAAGCUGCAAAUAAACCAUUUUACGCCCUCGCGGAAAGCUACAAAUUUCAUCGGAUGUUCCCACUUUCACAAUAUGAUCUUCCAAGUCAUAAUCCCGGCGUGCUAUCUUUUCCUCAAGCUCUGAGUGCUAGAGCUCGUCCAGCCUCUUCCGGCCUUCCUUCCGAGUCUUCUUCUAGCUUUUCUUCCAACAGCAGCCCGAUCAAGAUAUCACAGGAAGACAUCGCUCGAAACAAUCCAGACGUCGAUUAUACGAGGCCCGAUCUAAUUUCGCUCGUGUUCAGCGAUGUGGGUUCUUUGACCCCGGAAGGUGUCAGUCAAUAUCUGGUCGGCAUGUUUGCAGGAUAA